GGACCGGAGAAGAGCCUAUAAAGAACAAUAAAUAAUCAACGAAAAAUAUAGUUUGCUCUUCUAAUGAUUCAGCUGGAUCUGUAUUUGCACGAUGUUAAUGUUUUGCCCAACGUGUGGCAAUGUGCUCCGAGUAGAAGAAGCUGUGGCAGGAUUGCGUUUCGCGUGUAACACGUGUCCAUACAUAUUCAAUAUCGUGAGAAGAGUGAGCAGUCGUACGUAUCCAAAAUUAAAGGAGGUUGAUGAUGUAUUAGGUGGAAGCGCAGCUUGGGAGAACGUCGACUCUACUGAAGAAAGAUGUCCAAAGUGCUCUAAUCCUAGAGCAUAUUUCAUGCAAAUUCAAACCAGAUCUGCCGACGAGCCUAUGACAACAUUUUACAAAUGUUGCAAUCCUCAAUGUGGUCACAACUGGCGCGAGUAAAGUGCUAUUUCUUACUGGGCGGAAAGAGAAUGAUUUCGUAUGCAAAAGAAAUGGGUCCAAUGACUACUUUAAUAAAUUCAGCUCAUGAAGAAGUGGAAGCACUAAAAUGGCAUGGUAAUCAUUGGAUGUGCAAAGGAAACCGAACCAUAGCAGUAGCUGUCGCAUUAUUACAGAAAAAUGAAAUUAUAGCUGUUCCAACGGAUACAAUAUAUGGUCUUGCUUGUCUUGUAUCAAGCACCAGUGCCAUUGAAAAACUCUAUGAAAUUAAAGAACGCGAAGUAGAUAAGCCAUUAUCUAUUUGUGUUA